AUGGCCCAAACUAACCUUCCAACAUGGCUUCAAGUAGGUGAGAAAAUAGUAAAUAUCCAACAGCGACUUGGUAACGGCGCUUUUGGUGUCGUCUACAAAGUAAAAGAAGAAGGAACGUCCAAAGUGUACGCUAUGAAAGAUAUCCUUUGUUUGAAUGAUUCAGCCAUUCUUAAUGCCAUCCGCGAAGCUUCAACACUAAACCGAAUCUCUCAUGAAAAUGUUAUUGCGAUCGUGAGUGUUGGCGAGUUUCGCGAUAGCCGAGGUUCGCACAUGUUGCUUUUGACCGAGUAUUGCCCAGGCGGAAGCUUAAAUGAUCGCCUUGCUCGACCAAGCAGCGACCAACAAAAUCUGACAUGGAUGACCCAAACCGCCGAAGCUGUUGCCCAUCUUCACUCGUGCAACGUAGUUCACCGCGAUCUGAAGGCAGAUAAUGUACUCUUGACUGCAUCAGAAGAUGUCAAAUUGGGCGACUUUGGCCUUGCCCGUGAGUACAUCGCACUAAAACGAGCUAGCGUGCAACAAGAUGAUGGUUCGUGGCUGACAACUUACACGCAAUACUACAUGCAAUCGGGAACAGGUCCAAUCCACUGGGUAGCUCCAGAAUUUUUCCGCGGCCAUUACACUGAAAAAGCCGACAUUUUCUCUCUCGGAACGCUCCUCUUUGCAAUACUCGAGCGGGAUUACAUCGUGAUCAACAGGAAAGCCAUUUACGGGGCCUUCGUAAGUGUUCCUGGUAUAGGGAAGUGUGGCGUCGGCUUUGCGAUGGAGAAUUUUGAUAGGAAUAUACGAAUUCAAUUUUCAAGUCACGCUCAAGGAUCCAACGCUCUACAGGGAAACGUUCAUGAGUUGCUGAAAUACAACCCAUAUGAUCGGCCGACCGCUCAAGAGAUUUGCAACCAUUUGAGAGUUAUUCAAGAGAAUAUAGGACUUGGACAGUCUUCGACUGAUUCGCUUCUAAGCGUAUAUAUGUAACUCUACCGAACAGGUGUAAUGUCAUUUCCGUACCUUGGUACAUGACCGGACAAGAAACUUAGAAGAGAACUUAAAAACUAUACAUGUAACACUUGUCCUUUAAAGUAAAGCGUUGCCACAUGAUUGUUAGGUGCAAGAUUAAGUUACAGAAAUUAAGGUAAGAGGCAUGCAAAUAAGAAUUUCAGGAAUAUAUCUUGGCUGUGAGUUUCUAAAGGACAUGUAAGCGUCUUGUCAACAUCGCUACAUCACAGUCCUUGUCAACAUCGCUACAUCACAGUCCUUGUUGGCCCUUUUCUUUUAAUCAACGUCUACUACAAUCUCUCGAACUAGUCGAAGAAAAUGUAAAGAGGUAUUUAAUCUAUAGAAACUAAAACAAGUGACGGAACGUGGGGAUCGAUCGAGAUCGUGCACUUAUCCCUUGAAGUUUCACUAUAAUUGUGCGCCGUGGAAUACAAGAGAAUUCUCAGCAGAAAGUUCGUUCGUAUCAUGUUUCGAUGGUUCGGUCGGGUUCUAAAGUUGAGCAAUAAAUUUUCUAUGAAAUGACUGGUUUUUUUUUCACUUUUGAUGCCUAAAUACAGAGAAAGUGAAAUUCGCUACAUAAUGUAAGAUCGACAUAAGUUGGUUUCACGAGUAAUUUCUGAGAAACGUUACACUGCAAUUCGUGUCUGAGAUAAGAACCUUUUCAAAUAAAAUGCUAUCUAAGUCUGGCAUCUGAGAGUGUGAAUAGAAUUCUUCCUUGUAAGGAUCUUUAGUUGAUAAACCUGGGCAAAUGCAAGACCAGGGAAGUUACGGAUUACGAAAUUCUUGGAAACAUAGCUUGAAGUAUGGGCUGUGUUACAGGAAUUUUGGAAGCCCAUGAUUUCCACGCUUAUAGCCAGUUGUUUGUGCUUUGUUUGGUGUUUUGUUCAUAGCACUCUCCUUCAAGUUCUUAAUAAACAUAGGCAUGUGCAGCAUGCAAGAGCUAUUUUCUCGGCUGGGUAGGUUGAGAUGGGACACUUUGUGUACCUGAUGUUUUCAUUUUUGAAACUAAAAAAGAGCAUAACUUUCAAAGAAUUAGAAUAUCACAUUACUUCACUUUAAGAGAGAGAAAUCCAAAUACUUCUAAGCAAACUAAAAUGCAUUGGUGUCACGCUUACUGUUGUCUCCUUCCCAGCUGUUGCUUGGUCUCGUCACACAACGCCAUCUAUUCCUCUUUGGAGAGAGAACGCGCUUUGCGUGACGAGGCUAAGUAACGGUUGCGAAAGGGAAUACGCUUACUGCCGUUCCUUUAACAGUGAGAAGAUCAAAAUUAUUCGCCUCGAAAGUAUAAUUCCACGUACUCUUACCACGAAAAGCAAACUGAAACUCUGUUGUAUCUCCAAUAUCCAAAGAUAUAUUGCGAUCUCGAAUAAGUGAAGAUACAUUUGAGAAUUGCGUGGAAAAUUCACUAUAAGAAACAUUUAGUUCCAUGUGAAUCUAUUUCAGCGGGGUUGGACAAUGCAGUUAGAAUACGUGAUUAAAUUCAGGUUGUUUACAAGGAAAUGACACGUAGUGGAGCGAAGGCUAAAGUGGCAAAAUGGAAUUUGAUCGGUGCAAUAAAAUUCAAGCACGUGAAAAAUUGGCUAAUGUUCAUGUGGUGCAAUGAUUGGGUAUGUUCUGACUGGACUUUUCGUGUUACUUGAUGGAAUGUAACUUGUUUGGCGUGUACGUUGUGGGUAAAGGAACGGGAAAACACUUUUUGACUUAGAAAUGAUGCAAAAGUUAAAUGCGAACCUUUCAUAUCCCGAUAAAUCUCGAAGUUAGUCGACGAGGUUCUCACGAAGGCCACAAACCAUUACACUUAUCAAAUGGGACCAAAAUUUCUGGUUACUAUCAUUCUUUGUGCACAGCUUCCUGAUUCCAUGACAUCAUUGGCAAGAACAAAAUACCCAAACGUUGUGAUUAGUGCAAGAUAUCCAAAUGCUAUGAUAUGAUUGGUGCGAGAAACAUACCCCAAUGCGGCAAUCUGAUUAGUGCGAGAUACAUACCCUAAUGCAACGAUCUGAUUGGUGCGAGCAACAUGCCACUCUACAAGCUAGCAUAGAGUUUUUUUUUUUAAGAAAAAAAAUAACUCAAAUAUACAUUAUGGGUACUACUACUUCCUAAAUGGAAAGGGAUAAUUAAGAACAAACUAACAUCAGAAAUAAUCGGUUUUAGCUCCUACCUUCAAGCAAACCCUGCAAUGUAGCAUAUUUGCCCUGACCGAAAGGUGCUAAUCCUGUUUACUAUAUUUAACAGACAAAUGAUCAUUUACUUCACAGAACAUUUACUUUGGAUAUGAAUUCUCGGAAAAAACAUUGCAUCUUAAGACUAGUGGGGGGGGGGGAGGGUCUUUUGUUUACAAAGGCUGAUCCCUAAUUAAUCCCUACCAAGGCAACUAAAACAUGAUCAAGCUUUGAAUAACGAUACUGUAAGACUUCCUCUCUUGGAUAUACAACAGUUAAACUCGUGCACAAUCAAACUAUCGCCUUCAUACCGAGUACUACUGAAAUAACACCACCCCUGUACGUUCCCAUAAGUCAAAUCAAUUGCCAAGUUCGUUUUUCCGAGAAAUCAGACCCAACUAUUUCGCAGCGGCUAAACUCGUUGUUUCCAUCAAAUUGACUUUUUUAGAUAAAGAGAACAGUUGUGGCCUGUAAAACGCGAAAUGCAACAAGCCUGGAUUGAUCUUCCCCUAAGACUGCAUGUAGGCGACGAAACAGUAAAAGUCGAACAGCACCUUGGUAGUGGUGCAUUUGGAAUGUCUACAAAGUGAAAGACGAAGCGGGCUCUGAACUCUAUGCCUUAAAAGACGUCCUUUGCUUAAACGUUUCACAACGUCUUAAUGCAAUCCGUGAGGCAGAGACACUGCACAAAAUCUCCCACGAAAACAUCAUUGCCACAAAGGGAGCAGGUCGGUUCGUCGACAAUCAACACAACUUGCACAUGUUGAUUUUUACAGAGUAUUGCGCGGGUGGAAACUUAAACGAACGCCUUGCUCGACCAAGCUCUGAACGAAUCAACUGGAAGUGGAUGAGUCAAGCUGCUGAUGCUGUGGCCUACCUUCACUUAAACGGCGUGAUUCACCGCGACCUAAAACCGGAAACGUAAUUUGAACAGACGUGGAAAUGUUAAACUAGCCGACUUUGGCCUGGCUCGCGAGUAUAUCGCACCAAGACGAGUUGACACGCGAAGAAACGAUGGCUCGUGGAUGCAAAAGGUCCCACAAAACUACAUUGACUACGAAGUUGGCACAACGUACUGGUUAGCUCCUAAAUAUUUCACGGAUCACUACACAGAAAAAGCCGAUGUCUUUUCCCUUGGCCUGCUGUUUUUUGCCAUCCUACAACGGGAUUACAUAGAAAGCAACGGAAAAGCGUAUUACGGUGCAUUCAACGUAUUCGCGGUGUUUGAAAAGUUGGCCGUGGGGUUGCAAUGGCAAUGUACAAUCCAGGAACUGACAUAGAAUUUUCAACGCGCACAGGGUUCCAGGGAUGUACAGUGGUUAGUCACUGAGGCUUUGUUGAGACGAGCUAUGUGAUACGUUUGAAGACUUAGGUCUAGAAUGGCUCUUUAGUCUGAAGUUACAUCUGGGGGAGCAAUCGUCGUUUUGAACGAUAAGGUGUGGAUUGCUCAAGAAACAUUUUUUUUCGGUGAAAUUCUUGCACGAAUUUUACCCUUACGAAAAGGGUGAACAGGGUUUAUUGAUGAUCUUUUCUUUCUCGUCAGCUAGCUUUGCAUCAACUCUUUUAUAAAAAAAUUUUUCAUGCUCGAGUUCAAGUUCCCUUAAUUUUUCCAACCACUCCCGAGCCUUUUCUUCGGUUCGCCCCAACCUGUACGUGGUAGAUUAUAUAGGAGAUGAAGAACGUUCUCAUACAUUCACAUAAUUUGCUAUUGUAAAGUAGCACUACUUUACUGAUGUGAAGACUGAGGCAGCGAAAAUUGAGUCAAGGUUAAGAAGGUAAACGAAACGUCCUUUUCAGUUUUAUGCAGGUUUCAAGUAUACAACGUUUUGUAUUAAAUGAACAAAAUUGAUCAAACGUUCUGUAGUUCAGUCACGUAGUGCAUGACUGAGGUCUCCUGGUCUUCACAUUUCGUUUCAGUGAGACCAGACUGACCUUUAAGAUACAGAUGAAUUCAGGUGAUAGUUUUCCUAGUCUUUCCUAACUCUGUAGGGAUUCAUUCUCAUAAAAUCCUUCGUUACAAACUCGAAAAGGUUCGCAGCACUGACGGAGUCAACAAGUUCCAGUAAUAAGGUAGUUGACGCUUUUCCAAGCCAUAUGGAAGAUACCUUCGAACUCAAAUGAAAAUGCAGAAUUCAGUGUUAGGACCUAAAUAGUGGUGUAUAAGGACUUGCCAUAAGUCUCGUCGUUUGAAAUAAUUAUCAUGGCCACAUGAAAAUGUUCAUCGUCUUCGUCAUAUUUGCAUGACUAGUAAUCGCUUAAAAUUUCACGGCAUAUCAACAGAUGGUUUAUUUACAUGACUUAAUGCUGAUUCAAUCGAUUAUUUCAAUGUAGCAAAAACUCGUUCAAACUUCAGGUAUGAUCAAGUUCAAAUAAAUAGUGUGUCUGUUUUUCCUGUGGUUUUGCACGUUUCAUGACUAUUACUUGGAUCUCAAAAUGUUUGCCUUCAUUCCCAAUUGCUGAAAGUGGAAAUCACUUCUAUGAUAUCAAUUCAAUUCUCGGAAACGCAUUUAUCGAAAAAUCAAGAUUGUUCCGAGAAAGUAACUUCCGAUCAACCGAGCCGGAAGUGAUUUAUUGGAUGAUCUAGUGUUUCCCAGAAAUACGUGAGGGAACCAUCGUCAACUUGCAUCCCAUGACUUAACUCCCCCAUAACACACAAUUAAGAGUAUACCCUAUAGGUACAAUUGAAGUACGGUGUCAAAGGAUAUUACAUAAAUGAACUACCCUAUAGUAGUAGAGAUGCACAAUCUAGUUGCAAGCCAAGUUCCAAGCAAUUCAAUUUUCCGAAGGAACUAUGGCAAUGAUGCAGCAAACAGCCGCUACUUCUUUUCCAACGACAUUUCAGUGUGGAAACAUGUGGUUAAGAACCCAAGAAAGGCUUGGCAGUGGAGCGUUUGGUGUCGUCUACAAAGUACAAGACCUGGCAACUUCCAACUUCUACGCGGUAAAAUCAAUUCUCUGUCUCAAUGCUUCGGUUCUUCAAAACGCGGUCCGCGAGGUCGAGAUGCUGAAACAAAUCUCUCACCCAAAUAUAAUUGCCAUACUGGGGACCGGGCAAGUUAACGGUACUCAAGGCUACUUACAUAUGUUUCUUUUGACAGAGUACUGUCCGGGAGGAAACUUCAACCAACGGCUCCCCUCACCGAGCACCAACCAAAUGAAUUUGAAGUGGAUGAAACAAAUGGCCCAUGCUAUCGCCUACCUCCAUUCGCGUAACGUGGUUCACCGCGAUUUGAAGCCAGAUAAUGUGCUCUUGACUGCGACAGAGGAUGUCAAAUUGGGGGAUUUUGGUUUGGCACGCGAGUACAUCGCACUUACUCAAAUCCAAGGUUAUGCUCAAAAUAUCUUCACAGCAUACUACAUGCAAUCAGAGCUUGGAACAAAAUACUACAUGGCUCCGGAAGUAUUCAGCACUCACGGUUAUAGCGCAAAGGCUGACGUCUUUGGCCUUGGAGUGCUCCUUUAUGCAAUCCUCGAGCGUGAUCAUGUCAUAACGGGUGGGAAAGCAUACUACGGAGCCUUUGUUGCUAUUCCAAAUUUACCGGAAAGAAUUGGCCUUGGAUUUGCUUUGGAAACUAUAAACCGUUUCUUUAUCAUUGGGUUUUCUAGUUCCUCUGACUAUUUCGGCUCUCUCCAAAUGUUAAUUCGCCAGGCCUUGAAUUACGAUCCGCAUAAUCGACCGACUGCUCAACAGGUUUAUCAAAGUCUCGUGGCCAUUGAGCAACGUUUCAACGAGAACUAUAACACUUUGUAAACAGAGAAAAGGAACGAAUAUCCUGAAAUGGAGUCAAGUUACUUUGAACUUAGCAAUAAGACUGUUUAUUGAAGACUCUUUCGAAGCGAAAUGAAACUUGAAAUAACAAGAAUUAUUAAAAACAGUGACUAUCAAAGGAUGUUAAAACUCUUCUGUGACAUAUAUCACGUUUAAUUCAACAUGUUGACCUAAGCAGUUGAGGUAGUAGCCACUGAUGAGCUAUAAAAGCAUAAUAAAUGUUUUUCUUGAGCAAAAGGAGCUGUUAUAGCGGCGGCGAAAUCUCUCAUCGUUUGAAAUGGUACUAUGAUGUAUCUUCUUCUCUCUUCACUAGGGUGACCAGCUAAGGCUUACAUGAAAUACGAACAGUUUACGUACAUCACUUAAUGCUAAUCUAAGAAAUGAUCUCAACGCAGAAUUGCUUAUUAAAACUGUGGUUAUCAAAAAUAUACUUUUCUGAGUUUCUAAGUUGUUUCCUUAACAGAUAUAUAUGCAACAUAAAUACUGAUCGUGUCUCACCAUGUUUGCUUUCAUUUCCAUUUGCCUGAGGCAAAGCCUGAAGUGGUAAUCACUUCCUUUGAUAUGGAUUCAAUUCUUGGAAAACGCGAUAUGUAUUCGUUUCGUAAGUUCUUGCAUGGACAACUUAUUUUCAAGAGAUAAAUCUCAAAACAUAUAUAUUUAUGUGGACACACCUCAGUAACUCGUGAAUCACAACUCUCAAGCUGAAGUAUUCACGUUCACAAACAAGGAGGUUAUUCCUAGAAAUUGAACUUUAACUAUGGUGUAAUUUGAUGAUAAUUCGUCCCUUAAUAAAGUCCAAUCCUAUGCAUAAAUUUCUUUCGGUGGCUUAGUGUAGAGAGACACUGUUUCACAACGGAUGGCCCAUGCAAUUGUGUCAGCCAACCGUAAAGAGCUUCAAUACCACGCAAUUCAAAAUGAAGAAAUUUUUGUGGAGCCGUCAUAGAAUUCCAGAACAGAAUACUUCACAAAGAUCUGCUAAAACUUAGAAUGAGUACAAGAGUCAUGUCUGUGAUCUUUCAGCCUUACUGGAUCGAGUAAUUGGCAAAGAGCUCAAACUAAAGUUGGGGUAACCCAAAAUGGAAGUAAAUUUAAACACGCAAAGAAGGCUCUAACUUCAGUUCAACUGAGUCACAGUUAGAUCAGACUGAGCUAGCAAAGUGGAAAUUCUCUCUACAUGACCUUGCCUUUGUUGCUUGUCUGAAAUAUAGCUUUCGAGAAAACAGGUAGAUAUUAACAAUUUAGCAAAAAAUAAUUACUCCACUGUGCAAAUGACCAAAAUAACAAAUUCCAUUGCAGUCACUGCAGCGUGAAAGCGCUGGAAGAAAGACGAUAGUAUGUAGAAAAAAAUACUUCCUAAAUGGAUAGGGAUAAUUAAGCACAAACUAACAUCAGAAAUAAUCGGUUUUAGCCCCUACCUUCAGGCAAACCCUUCAUUGUAGCAUAUUUGGCCUGACCGAAAGGUGCUAAUCCUGUUUACUAUACUUAACAGACAAAAUGAUCAAUUAUUUGACAGAGCUUCAGUAGGAAAGCCCGAGUCUUAAAAUGCAGGCCGUUCUUAGGCGCCAAAAGGGGGUCAUAGUCCCAGGCGUUCCUUGCGUAAACCGUGGAAACUGGGGAUGAGAGAGCAGCAACUUGGGUUACUAUGUAUACGCUCUUCGUACACAACAUAAAUUUACAGAAUGCUGUGUUUUAUGAAGUCCGCUUUGCAAAGAUUCCUGCCUUAUACGCACAUCUCAGAUACAAAUGCACACGCUUUUCGUGGUAGGCCCACACUAAAUGAUGUCGAGCGUUUCGGAAUGGGCCGGUCCACGAACUCUCUAGCUGAAAAGCCAGGCAAAUGCGCAAAGUUCAUACUAGUUCUCACGAGAUAACAAAUGACCCAUAUGCGAGUUCAAACUUCGAAAUACUGGCAAAACUGUGACAGCCGAUUUAACAACAAACUAUGAUGCUGAGACGAACACCUCAGUUGCUGAGAAAAUCAAGAAUGUUCGUGAACACAACUUCGAAGGUGGCGCUAACGACAGCGAAUUAGAUAAGGAUACUGACAGAAUUAAGCAACUUGAAUGGUAAGGUUGAAUAUCUGAGCUUAGCUCUUCCGUUAAAUAUCCUGUUUCUGUUAUUGGUUUUUAUUGGGUUCAAUACUUGUAAAGUACGAUUUGGUAUUUCUUACACAAUCACUAUUAUUGUACAAGCGAACGUGAAUACUCUUGGUGACUGUGACCUACAAGAAAAAGUUGUCAAUAUGACUAAUGUACAUGAACAUAAUGAUGUUACAGUGUCAAUAAAAGUAAAACAAUUCAGAUCUCGUUGUUCAACGUCUGUAUAUUAUAAUCGUACUCGUGUUGUGUGUGAAUGCCAUGGCUAUAAACGUGAUCGUGAACCAAGCAGAGUACUAGUGAGGAUGUUAAAACGUCUCUCUCAGAAAAUUAGAAAACUGCUAAGUUAUGUACGGAGCCGUUUAGGUAAAAACGUACCAAAGUCAUCGAAAGUCCAUGAUCUUAUUAAAAAUAAUGCAACAUGAAAAAAAAACAAGAAUCAGGUUUGUACAAAAAAAAUGAGAACGAAACCAAUUUUUAGAACAAGAAAUGUUAACUCUUCGAUGAGAUAUGUUACAGUUCAAGUAGAGAUAAACAUGGAAAGAAAUAUCUCAAAUACUUAAGGUUCCUUUUGUGUAAUUUCCCAUAUAGUGAGUACAAAGGUGUAACUCACAGAGGAAAUUGUACAAAGAACAAGCUCUAUAAUGAUAUAGAGAAAACCCAGUUCCUUGUAUGCACCUUGUGGAUCCCAGGAAAACAAUAAAAGCACCAUAUAGCCAAGGGGAUGUGGUUGUAUUUGGACAAAACCCUGGGCAACAAUGUGUUGCAAUGAGUUUAUUUGCAUUAAUGUACCACAAUAUGAAAGGAAUAGGCAAUCCCAAUGACUUGAAACAAAUAAUGCAUAUUGGAAAUCAACUAUAUAGCAGUUUGUCACAAUUAUUAAGACAAUCAUUUUUACUGCUAACAGAUUUACCAUCAAUGCUUACAGUACUAGAGGAAGAUUAUCAGCUAGAAUACAUUAUAACAUAACUGGUAAAUUUGUCUAAUCAAAUUCAGUUGCGUGAGCAUGCUUCAUAUUCCUAUUGUGCACGCUCUUGAUGUCAGCAAACAAAUCCCUUGAGAAAAAAAAUUUUCCAUGGGGUUGAAAAUGUUAUAAAAUAAUUGGUUCAUACAUCAUCUGUGCAUUCAUCGAGAUAUGAAGCACUUGGGAAGUUUGGAGAGCACUCAAGAAGCUGGAGUUGCACAUCUUUCAUGCUCUCCAAACUUCCUGCGUGCUUUAUAUCUCAAUGAACGCACGCUGACGUAUGAACCAAUUGUUAAGUGAAAGUUACCUUGGUAAUGUCCAUGGUGAGCCUACCAUUGAGGGAUAUCAAUACUGUAUGGGCCUGAAGAGAGCUUUUGAGUCAUUGAUAUCAGAAUGAUAUAGGUCAUAUAUUUUAGUGGUUGGAUGCAUUGCUGUGGGUAUUAUUUACUGUGCUGAUAAUGGCCAUUUUAAAGUGUUUGACUCACAAGCUAGAGAUGUUUAUGGUAAAAGUCACACUCCAGGGACCUGUGGUCUAUUAGAUAUAUCUACAGACAACUUAGCGCAUCACUUUCAAAGUUUAUAUGGAGCAACUGAUCUGUAUGAACUCAGUAAAAGGUUAACAAAUUGCAAAAUAUGAUGUGGCAAUUAGCAGCAAUGUAAGAGAGGUAUUAAAGAGAUAUCAAGUCAACACAAGUGUUUAAAAGUCCACUGUUUUGCAGUAGUUCUUUAUUCUACCUUACUUAAUCAUUUCACCUUGUAAUUACUAGAACCCAAAUACCUUAAAUGCAAUUAUCAAAAAUGGAUCUCAGCUUAACAAUACAAUACAGAGUAAGUACUGCUUAAUAUCUGUUACCCUGCUUGACAGUGUUACAAUUUUUGGCACUAACAUAAAUGUACACAUUAAUGAAGUAAGUCACAGAGAAUCAAGUAAUUUAACUGAAAGCAGAAUAUCUUAAGAGACCUUGAUCUCAAGGAACCACACUGGGAAAACAAGCUUUUUAAUGUGGAUUUCAAGUUACUGUAUAGCUUUUAUUUAUCUACAAAAUACAAAAGUAAAGCAAUUGUUUUCUCCUCUGACAUAUGAAGACAGUCAUUCACCUGCAAUGAAACAGACAAUACACGUUUGUGGUGUAGAUAAUCUAGUAGAGGAAAUUAAUAAUAUUAUUCAAAAUAAACAGGAAUGUCAGACUAUGGAAUAUGAUAUACAAUUUAUUUGCUGUUCAUGUAAAAUUACUGAAAUUGAAAGGAAACGCAUCUUGAGAAAACACAGAAAAAAAACAUAUGCAUGACAGCAUGGAACCUGUUACCAAUUGGUGUAUUCCGUAUUGUUUUCUGUAUUGCCAGCUAUUCAAUCAAUCAAUCAAGCUCAGUUGCUUGGCAAAGCAGUAGUUGUAACAAUAAUCAUUGGAGAUUUUAUCUUAACUUGAGUAUCCCAUGAACAAAAUAAAAGAGAAACAUGUUUCAUACAUUUGUACAAGGCCAUACAGAUUGAUGAGUGGGAUAACAUCAUGAUUAUUAAUAAUUGAAAAAAAUAAACAAGUUUCUGGCUGAAACAAAUUUUGGCAGUUGCAUUAAUGUGUAUGUACUGAUGCCUUGAAUGUUAAUUAUUUUGCAAAUAAAGCAAGUUACCUUAAGUAUCAAACUUAAAAAAAGUAUUCUUUUGUUAGAGAGGCCUGUGGUUCUGGACAGAGGUUUUCUGCAAGUAUUUACUCUUUGAGGAUAAUCUAGUAGAGGAAAUUAACAAUAUUAUUCAAAUAAACAGGAAUGUCAGACUAUGGAAUAUGAUAUACAACUUAUCUGCUGUUCAUGUAAAAUUACUGAAAUUGAAGGAAACACAUCAUGAGAAAACAGAGGAAAAAAACAUGUGUAUGACAGCAUAGAGCCUGUUGCCAAAGAAAGGUUUCUAGAAGACAUUUAAAGAAAAUAUUUAGCUAUGGACGCUAGAAAGAAGAAAGGAUUACUUUCUCAACUCAAUGAGAAAUUAGUGAAAGCCAGAUCAGUUGAAUUGUGUAUUAACCAGUUUAAGACGAAAAUAAGAGAAGGCCCUCAUUUUAUAUGUACAGCCUUUCUGUACUGUCUGUAAUCGAAUACUUUAUAAGAAAUCAGUAAUUACAUGCCUAGACAAGAAGUACCCUUGCCAAACAUAUUUCAAUAUUCAACCAUCAUUUUAUGGAAAACAGUAUAUAUGCAACACAUGUCAUUCAAAGGUCAUAAAAGGAAAUUUACCGUGUCAGGCUGUAGUGAAUGGGAAUAUGUAUGUGGAUGAAAUACCCACAGAACUAUCCUCAUUAGAAAAACUACGACAAAUACGAAUAGCUCAACAAAUAAUAUUUGAGAAGAUUGUGGUCAAGCGCAAUGGACAACAGAGAAAAAUUAAGGGUGCAAUAUGCAAUGUACCUGUAGAAUGUGAUCAGACAUGUAAUCAACUCCCUCAUCCACCUGAUAGAUCUUGUAUAAUAAUACUUAUUUAGCUUAAAAGAAAGUUACAAUCUAGAGGACCAGAGUUAAUACAGCAAGUUCUUAACUGGCUCAAAGUACAUAAUCAUUGUACAAAGAUAUACUAGUUGAUAUUAACAAUAUUGAUAGCAGCCUCACAACUUUAUAAAAUGAUGCAGACGAUAAUGAUACACAUCAACAAGCUACAUCAAACAAUGUAACAACAGAUAGUGGUCCCGCAUUGGAGUAUGAUCGAUGCAAGAGAAAAUGAUAAAUUAAAUAGUAACGAAGAAGAAAAUGAUGACCCCUUAAAUGAAUAUAGAGCCCCAGUAUGCGAGACAUGCUUAGAUUCAAUUAUACCAAACUAUCCAGCGGUGAAUGCUCAAGUAAAACGCUCGAUACGAGGCCCAAGUGAACACUACUCGAUCGUCUAGGUCUGGAUAUGAAUUCUCGGAAAACAUUGCAUUUUAAGACUGGGGUGGGGGGUUCUUCCGUUUACAAAGACUCAUCCCGAAUUAAUCCCUACCAAGGCAACUAAAACAUAUCCAAGCCUUAAAUAACGAUACUGUAAGACUUCCUCUAUUGAAUAUACACCAGGUAAAUUCAUGCACGAUCAAAAUAUCGCCUUCAUACCGAGUACCACUGGAAUAACACCACCCCUGUAAGUCCCCUUGUGUUGACUCAAUUGGCAACUUUGUUUUUCCGAGAAGUCAGAACCAACUGUUUCGCAGCGGCUGAACGCGGCGUUGUGUUCGUCAAAUUGACAUUUCAGAUAAAAAUAAAAAGAACAGCUGUGGCCUAAAAAACCCGAAAUGCAACAAGCCCGGAUUGAUCUUCUCCCAAGACUGCGUGUGGGCGACAAAACAGUGAGAGUUGAACAGCACCUUGGUAGUGGUGCAUUUGGAGAUGUCUACAAAGUAAGAGACGAGGCACGCUCGAAAGUCUAUGCCUUAAAAGAUGUUCUUUGCCUAAACGCUUCACAAGUUCUUGAUGCAAUCCGUGAGGCAGUAACACUGUGCCAAAUCUCUCACGAAAACAUCAUCGCCAUAAAGGGAGCGGAUCGGUUCGUCGACAAUCAAAACAACUUGCACAUGUUGAUUUUGACAGAGUAUUGCGCGGGUGGAAACUUAAACGAACGCCUUGCUCGACCAAGCUCUGAACGAAUCAACUGGAAGUGGAUGAGUCAAGCUGCUGAUGCUGUAGCCUACCUUCACAGAAAUGACGUGGUUCACCGCGACCUAAAACCGGAAAACGUACUUUUGAACAGACGUGGAAAUGUUAAACUAGCCGACUUUGGCCUGGCUCGUGAGUACAUCGCACUUAGACGAGUUGACGCGCGAAGAAACGAUGGCUCGUGGAUGCAAAUGUUCGUACAAUACUAUAUGGACUCCGACGUUGGCUCGCCGUACUGGUUAGCUCCUGAAUGUUUCACAGGUCACUACACAGAAAAAGCCGAUGUCUUUUCCCUUGGCCUGCUGUUUUUUGCCAUC